UAUGGUCGCUUCAAUGAAGAAUUGUCUAAAGUAUUUUCCAAAAUUUCUUGUUAAUUUGAGGCUUUUUGUUAAUCAAAUACUUUUAUUGUGAUUUAAUUUUGUUUAUUAAUAGUUUACAGUUAUGGGUAAACGACAACAUCAGAAAGAUAAGUUGUAUUUAACAACCACUGAGUAUACUUACAUUUAUGGUGGUCGACCUCCUGAUGCUGAUUUACGACAACAACAAUUGAAUCAAUUUAGUCGAUUACCUUAUGAUCAUUGCUGUUUAACCCUUAAUCCAGCUCGAGAUCCAUAUUGUGAUGAAAAUGGUUAUGUAUUUGACUUGGUUAAUAUUAUUCCGUUUCUGGCCAAGCACAAGAUCAAUCCUAUUGAUGGUAGACCUAUGGAGAUGAAGAAUCUGAUUAAAUUGAAUUUCAGUAAAAAUAGUGAUGGAAACAAUCAAUGUCCAAUCCUUUUCAAGCCUUUCAAUUCACACACUAACAUUGUCGCUAUCAAAACAACUGGAAAUGUUUAUUCUCGAGAUGCAAUUGAACAAUUAAAUUUAAAAUUCAACAAUAUGAGAGAUUUGUUAACCGAUGAACCAUUUACAAAGAAAGAUAUUAUUACGAUUCAAGACCCGACCAAUGUUCAGAAACAAAAUGCUGCCUCUUUUCAUCAUGUGGUUAAAAAACUUCGCUGGUCUGAAGAAGAAGAUCAAAGUGAUCCCAGUAGAUUGUUCAAUAAAAUGGAUCUCGUUACUAAGGCCACUUUAGACGAACUUGAUAAAACUGGUGUCACUUGGAAAGUUCCAAAGUCGGAGAAAAAGGUCGAAAAAGUUGCUGAUCGAUUUAAUAGAGCAAAUUAUUCAACUGGAACAGCAUCACAAUCGUUAACAUCAACAAUCGCUGUUCCAACAACAAGAAUAGAAGCAGCAACAAUCGAUGACACUGAUGUUGUUUACUCGAUGGUCAAGAAAAAUGGUUACGUUCAAAUCAGUACCAACCACGGGCCACUUAACCUGGAGCUUUAUUGUAAAGAUGCUCCUAAAUCAUGUCAUAAUUUUUUAACUCUUUGCACUAGAAAAUACUACGAUGGAACAAUUUUUCAUCGAUUAAUCAAAAAUUUCAUGCUCCAAGGUGGUGACCCAACUGGUACUGGUCGAGGAGGAGAAUCCAUUUUCGGUGAACCAUUUGCCGAUGAGUUCAAUGGUCAUCUUGUUCAUCAGGGUAGAGGAGUGGUCAGUAUGGCAAACUCUGGACCCAAUACAAAUAAAUCACAGUUUUUCAUAACAUUGAAAAGUUGCCGUCAUCUUGACCGGAAACACUCCGUCUUUGGUAAAGUUGUCGGUGGCCUGGAAACUUUAAAUAAAUUGGAAAAGAUUCAAACAGACAAAAAUGAUCGGCCUAAAGAAACAAUCAAAAUUGAUAAUAUAACGGUUUAUGUUAAUCCAUUUCAAGAGAUAGAAGAUGAACUGAAAGCCGAAAGACAAAAGGACAAAGACGCAGCAAAUAAGGUCAAAGUGAAGGAAACAAAACGAUACCGAAACAAGUGCAGGAGUUGGUUGUUUAAUCAACUUGAAAGAAAUUAAAUAUGAAGACGAUUCCGUGAAAUCUGACGAUUCAACGAUUCCAGGUCCAUCUAAACCAAAGAAAAUCGUUGCAAGAUCGACAUUCGGAGAUUUCAAAGACUGGUAAUCAUCCAGAUCUUCAACCAUAAGUGUACAAUAGUCUGUGAUUCUGAUAACAAUUAACUCUGUUCGAAUAAUUUAUUUUAUACAAAAGACAAUUAAUGACACCAUUUUAAUCAAAUUUCAAGAAUAAACUUGAUCUAUCAACUCGAUUAUCAAA